AUGCCGGUUCGUUUCUGGCGAAAAAAUAAGACAAGAAUAGAGAGCUCGGUUGAAAAACAACGUACGGACACACCUCCUACUCACACAUCUACUGAUAGUGCGGCUGGAGCGGGGUAUCAACCAGCACCCUCUUCAACCACACCUGCAGACCUCACAGAAAAUAAGACUCCGAGUCAGGAUAACCCCUUAGAGAAGAAAGGCCAAACAGCUAGGAUACCAUUCCAGUCAUUUGGGGACUACCUAGAUGCUCACCAUGCCGCAGAUGGAUCACUAUGGGAGCAAGCGUUUGAGGAACUUCGCAAGGAUGAGCCUGAUUUAGUGGCUUCUUUUGAGCGUGUCGUCGACUCGGAAGAUGACUCCAAUAGCGGCCAUGUACAUGCGAGUGGCCAAGACCGCCAACAGAGGAUGGCCGCCCUGGUCGACAAGAAAAUCGCACAAAUGAACGAUCGCAAAUGGCGACUCAGCAUUGGAAAGACAGAUAUUGAAGUCCGAGAGAAGGUUGACCAGAUCGUGAAAAUAAUCAUGGUCGCCAAGGACUUUGUAUCCUCAGCUGCCAGUAUUGAUCCUGUUCAUGUCGGGCUACCGUGGGCUGGUAUCUGUGUUCUGCUUCCGCUCUUAGUUAAUGACACGACUCAGCGGGAUGAUGCACUGGCUGGACUGAAAACCAUUUCGGAGCUCGUAAGGCGCUUUACAGAAGUUGAGAGACUGUACUUGAAGGAUGAGCAGGAAACUACCAGUCAAUCGCUGGAAAGAUCAAUCGUGAAUCUAUACCGACAGGUUUUGGAGUAUGAAGCACGUGCAGCAUGCCAGUUUAAUCGGAACACCGCUCUGCAGAUUGCUAGAAGCAUAAUCACGGCAGAUAACUGGAAGAGCAUUCUUGAUAAAAUUAAGAUGGCAGAGGCGGACUGUGAGAAGGUUAUGCGUCUCCUCGACGCGAAGGACCAGCGAAGCCGAUUCCAUUCGCUGGAGUCAACAAUUGAAGCUCAGAAUCGUCGUGUUGAAGAUAUUCUUACUGAUCUGAGUCGUUGGGAUAAGAUGCAAGAAGAGAUUUUGGCUGAGACGAAAGGCAUCAAGAAGCAAGCGGAAGAGUUUCGUCACAGUGACACUGAACGCCAAGUCUUGGAACUUCUUCGAACGACAGAUUAUGCAAUGUUGAAAGAUCGAAAUCCAGCCAGAGUACCGAAUACUUGCCAAUGGUUCCUUCAGCACCAAGAUUUCCUAGACUGGAAGGAUAUCACCAAACAAAAGAGCUUGCUUUGGGUAUCUGCAGAUCCCGGAUGUGGAAAAUCUGUGCUGGCAAAGUCCUUGGUUGAGAACGAGCUUAGACCGACUGAUUCUCGAACCACAUGUUAUUUUUUCUUCAAAGAUGACAAUGAUGUACAGAAGAGCCUGACUUCAGCUCUUUGCGCUUUUUUGCAUCAGUUGUUUGGACAAAAACCUUGGCUCAUUAAACAUGCAUUACCUGACUUUUCCAAGGAAGGAAAGAAAUUGUCUGAAAUCACGUCCAAGCUAUGGGAUAUUCUGAUCCAGGCCUCGAUGGAUCCGGCUGCGAAUGAAGUCAUUUAUAUCAUCGACGCUUUGGAUGAAUGCGAGAAGACCAAUCGACGUCAAUUACUUGAUAACUUGUCCCAUAUCUUUGAAAACCAGACACUCGGUGAUGGAAAGAUCAAGUUUCUUGUGACAAGCAGGCCAUAUUUCGAUAUCGAGCGGUCUUUCCGUACAAUGAUCCAGUCUUCUAACAUGAUUCGCCUCGAGGGCGAGAAGGAGUCCGAUGCGAUCAGCGAUGAGAUUGAUCUUGUCAUCGAAAGACAGGUGCCUGAGAUUGGCAGAAUGAUUGAACUAAGCCAGAAGGAAGAGGCACUUUUGUUGGAACAACUUCUCAGUAUUCCGCAUAGGACAUACCUCUGGCUCAAGCUGAUAUUCGAGUUCAUUCAAGAAGAGCUUUCUCUCAAAACGAAAACAAUUCGUCAGAUUACCGCUUUGAUUCCUGAUUCCUUGGAAAAGACAUACAACGCAAUCUUGGAUAAAAGUACGGAUACUGAAAGAACUCGAAAGCUGCUUUUUGUCAUCGUCUCUGCGACGCGUCCGUUGAGCUUGAGAGAAAUGCGUAUAGCUCUGGCUAUUGAGCGCGACAGUCGUUCUUACGAUGAUCUCGAUCUGGAGAAGAAAUCCACGUUUGCGACUGUGGUCCGGAACCUCUGUGGCCUUUUUAUCAAUAUUGUCGAUGAUCAUAUUUACUUGAUUCAUCAGACAGCCAAAGAAUUCCUGCUCAGCGAGAAGACUAUCAAAUCUGACUCUUGGAAACAUUCAUUGAAUCCGGUGGAAGGUCAUCUUGUUAUGGCUGAAAUAUGUGUUGCGUAUCUAUGUUUCACGGAAUUUGAAGAGACAAUGAGUAGCGCUGAUCUCGAAGCGGAUGAGCUCAUGAAUACGCACCAGCUUCUUUGGUAUGCUGCAACAUGCUGGCAUGCCCAUGUUCGUCAAGCUCAAUAUAAGUGCGACUCAGAAUUGACGAGUCUUGUCUUUUCGCUGUGUGAUUCCCGAUCAUCAGGUUUCGAGGCCUGGGUCUCUGUUUUGAGACCAAUGCUUGAAAUUGAUGGGUUUGCCUAUUGGGAGAGCCGCACGCCUUUGAUGGUUCUCUCCGGUUUUGGGUUGCAUACUCUAGCAAAGACUCUCUUAGACUCACUUGGAGAAAGUCCAAAUAAGAGGAAGAGUAGAGCUAGUGGUGGAGCCACAAUGAAUGCGAAAGACGACGAGGGCAGAACUGCAUUAUUCUUAGCCGCGCAGAAUGGACAUACAGAAACAGUAAAGGUUCUCAUUGAGUAUGGAGCGGAUCUAGGAGUGCCGAAUGAGAUGGGUACCACGCCUCUUGCAGCUGCAGCUAGAUCGCCAUUAGGUGCAGAGACAGUUGAAUAUCUCCUCGACUGUGGUGCAGAUAUGCAAACUACGGAAUUGAAUUCCGGGUACUCACCUUUAGUCUCUUGUUUGCGCAGCUUGCAAGGACCAAGUAUCCGAACUAUCAAAGCGUUUCUUGAUAAAGGCGCAGGCCUGGAAAGUCAAGACAAUAGUGGCUGGACUAUCUUAUUCCAUGCUGGUUCAACAAAUAAUGAGGAGAUCAUCAACUACCUUUUGAGUUACGGCGCAGAGUUGAAUCAUCAAGAUUUCUCCGGAAACACGCCACUGAUACAUACGGUACUUGGAGUGUGGCCUCGUGCAUUUCAGGCUUUACUCAAUGCUGGAGCUGAUGUCAACAUUGUGGAUUGCGAUGGAAGAAACGCAUUAUUCCAUUGUGCUCGUUCGCAGGUAUUUGAAUUUGAGGAGCAACCCUACUAUGACAUGGCCGCAGCUCUCAUAGAGCAUGGUGCUGAUACAGAAGUGGAGGAUUAUCGACACCGAACUGCUCUUCUAGUCGCAUGCAAAGGGUCCACAGGCGGAAAGAAAACAAUAUUUCCAAGAGCCAUCUUGGAGCUUUUGCUUAAAGCAGGGACUAAUAUUGAGCAUAAAGAUUGGGAUGGCAAGUCUGCGUUGUCUCUAGCUGUGGAGGAAGGCCAUAAUGAGAUCGUUCAACUGCUCAUCAGUCGGCAUGCUGACCUCGAAAGCCGAGACAAAUCUCUCUCCACUCCUCUUUCUCAUGCUGCACGUGAAGGCCGGUAUUCCACAGCCAAAAUUCUCAUUGAAAAUGGGGCAGACAUCAAUGCUGUGGAUAAUAUGGGGGACACUCCCCUAGGAAUCGCAAUUGGUCAAUUCCGCAGAGAGAAUCUCAAAAAUCGCCACGGGAAGCCCGGUCUUACAUUGAAGCAACGGAUGCUCAAUGAAGUUGCUGGACUGCUUUUGCUCUGUGGAGCUGACUAUAGCCUCAUAGAAGAGGGAGAUCGUGCCAUGUUGGAGUUGAUGGCUGAAGAGGCAGAAUAUGAGAUUCCACAUCUAUCAGGUAUUCGAGGCGUUGACGUUUCGGUGGCUCAGUUGAACGCCCCUACGGAUAGAAGAAGGAGUAUGUAG